CAGAUCCAGGCAGAGAGGAGGGAUCGGGAUUGGUGGGAUGGGGUGGGAGAGGGAUCCUGGAGCAUCCCUGGAUCCUGGCUCCGGGGGUGUAAACACUGGGAUCAGGGACAUUCCCAAUUCCUGGAUGUUUGGGAUGGGAAGGAGCCACUGGGAUCAGGGACAUUCCCACCUUCCCAAAUAUUUGGGAUGGGAUGGGAAGGAGCCACUGGGAUCAGGGACAUUCCCACCUUCCCAGAUAUUUGGGAUGGGAUGGGAAGGAGCCACUGGAAGCAGGGACAUUCCCACUUUCCCAGAUAUUUGGGAAUGAGCUGGGAAGAGAAGAUGGAUCCCGGAGCAUCCCUGUAUCCAUGGCUCCAGGAGUGUAAACACUGGGAAGAGGGAUCCUGGAGCAUCCCUGGAUCCUGGCUCCGGGGGUGUAAACACUGGGAUCAGGGACAUUCCCACCUUCCCAGAUAUUUGGGAUGAGCUGGGAAGGAGCCACUGGGAUCAGGGAAAUUCCCACUUUCCUGGAUGUUUGGGAUGGGAAUGCUGAGGAUGCUCCAGGUGGGGUUGGUGCAAACACUGGGAAGAGGGAAAUUCCCAAUUCCUGGAUGUUUGGGAUGGGAUGGGAAGGAGCCACUGGGAGCAGGAACAUUCCCAGCUUCCCAAAUAUUUGGGAUGGGAUGGGAAGGAGCCACUUGGAGCAGGGACAUUCCCACCUUCCCAGAUAUUUGGGAUGGGAUGGGAAGGAGCCACUUGGAGCAGGGACAUUCCCACCGUCCCAGAUAUUUGGGAAUGAGCUGGGAAGAGAAGAUGGAUCCCGGAGCAUCCCUGUAUCCAUGGCUCCAGGGGUGUAAACUCUGGGAAGAGGGAUCCUGGAGCAUCCCUGGAUCCUGGCUCAGGGGUGUAAACACUGGGAUCAGGGACAUUCCCACCUUCCCAGAUAUUUGGGAUGAGCUGGGAAGGAGCCACUGGGAUCAGGGACAUUCCCACAUUCCUGGAUGUUUGGGAUGGGAUGGGAAGGAGCCACUUGGAGCAGGGACAUUCCCACCUUCCCAGAUAUUUGGGAAUGAGCUGGGAAGGAGCCACUGGAAGCAGGGACAUUCCCACCUUCCCGGCCGUGUCAUUCCCAGCCAUGACCUGGAAUAUUCCCCUUCCUGCAUCCAGAGGGACGAGGAAUCCCCGGGAUUCCAUUCCCGGGUUAUCCCAACCCUUGGGAGCGACACAAACCCCCCCGGGAAUGUUCAUUAUCCCGGGAAAAGCCGCUCCCUUCCCGCAUCCAGGAAGAUUCCCGGCGGGAAAAGCCGCUCCGGGAACAUCAUUCCCGCUUUUCCUGAGCCGGGAUCGGGCUCCCAUCCCUCUUGGAAUGCGGAUUUCCUGCCGAUAUUCGGGAAUUUUUUCCCUCUUGGGCAACUUUUUCCCCUCAAAAUCAUGGAUUAAUCCCGGAUUUUUUUGGGGAAUGGGAUCCUUUCGCUCUUCCUUCUUUUUCUGGGAAGAAGGAAUAAUUUUUCCAGCUGGGAAGAACCUUUUCCUUUCUCUAGUUCGGGAAUAUCCCGAGGGAAUUGUCGCUUCCCGAAUUUUAAGAUCGACACAAAUCCCGUUUUCUCUUGGAAUUAACUCCCGUUUUCCCUCUCAAAAUCAUGGAUUAAUCCCGGAUUUUUUGGGGGAAUGGGAUCCUUUCGCUCUUCCUUCUUUUUCUGGGAAGAAGGAAUAACUGGGAAGAGCCUUUUCCCUACUCCCCUUUGGGAAUAUCCCAAGGGAAUUUUCCCUUGGAAUUAACUCCCGUUUUCCCUCUCAAAAUCCUUCAAAAUCAUGGAUUAAUCCCAGAUUUUUUUUCAGGAAUGGGAUCCUUUCGCUCUUCCUUUGUUUUCUGGGAAGAAGGAAUAACUUUUCCAGCUGGGAAGAGCCUUUUCCCUCCUCUAGUUCGGGAAUAUCCCGAGGGAAUUGUCGCUUCCCGAAUUUUAAGAUCGACACGAAUCCCGUUUUCCCUUGGAAUUAACUCCCGUUUUCCCUCUCCCAGCUGGAUAAAAACACGGAUUGGGAUCCGCCAGGGCUUGGAAUUCUGGCAGGUGACCCCGCUGGGAUCUCCUUCCCGCCCAAUUCCCUGGAAAACUCCCCCCCCCCAUCCUAAAUUCCGGCUCCAGAAUUCCCUUUUCCGUUGCCCGUUUUCCCCCAGAGGAAGGCGGAUGAUCCCGUUUUCCAGGUGCUGCAAUUCCCGGAAUUCCGAGAUUCCCCGGCCUUGGGAAUGGUUUGGAGGCUUCUCCCAUUCCUGCUGCUUCUCCUGGGAAUUUGGGGGGGGGGGGGUUUCCUGGGAAUUUUCGGGGGGGUUUUCCUGCCUUUUUCCUGGAUCGUUCGGAGCUGAUCCCGCGCUUUUCGCUUCCCGGGAUUCCCGAGGGUGGGGGUGGAUUUUUCUCCAUUAAAUCCCGUUGGGAAUAACGGGAGAGCCCCG